AUCGUUUCAUAACAGCGGUGUCCAUGGCAACAGAAAUGUGCGCGAUUUUGAAAUUUUCAAAACUGUGAUUUGACAAGGCGUAAAAUAUUUUUCAUUUUAAGUCUUUAUUAGUUAAUAUAUUCUGCCAAUACAUGUCUCGUUCAGUGCCAUGGCGAAGGACAUGUCCUGAGAAAAUAUUAUCUCGUAUUGAACGAACGAUGACAGCAAGAAUUUACUUACUAAGAGCGACUGGCCCAACUGGAUUUCUUCUAGCUGCCGAUGGAGAUGAAAAAAAGUAUAAGGUGUUUCUGGGUGAUCCCCACUCUUGCACCUGUAAUUUGUUUAUGAAAGAAAAAGAUUUGUGUAUUCACAUUUUAUGGGUUUUAAUAAAAAAGUUUCGGAUACCAAAAGAAAGUUCAGUGGUGUAUCAACUUGGUUUGGUUGAAAGAGAAAUUGCUGAAGUAGUGUAUGGAAAGAGCACUGUCAAUAAUUCUACCAAAAAGAUCAAUGAUGAUACAGGCUCUAAUUGUCGAGAAAAAUUAUGCAAGAAAGAAAUAUCUGAAGAUGAUAUAUGUCCAAUUUGUCAAGAAGAUUUACUGGUGACUGAAGCAACAACUUAUUGCAAAUAUGGUUGUGGCAAUAGUGUUCAUGUGAAAUGUAUGAAAAUAUGGGCUGAUCAUCAAAAAUCAUCUGGUGAAUCUACCAUAAAAUGUCCUUUGUGUCGUGAAGAUUUUGGACCAUUUGAGAGAAUAAAAAGUGAUUAUCUCCAUUCUUUGAAUUGUCGACAAAGACGUAAUCGUCAUUUUGGUAGUCAAUGUGCUCAUUGUCGAAUUUUGCCGAUUGUAGGACGAUGUUACAGAUGCACAGUAUGUCAUGAUUAUCAGCUCUGUCACCGUUGUUUUGAAAUGAAUGUACACUCUCAACAUAAGUUUAACUAUAGAGAGAAAACUAAUCAACGAUGGCGUCAAGCUCGGAAGUUUGUAGCUAUUCCUUCUGCUGUAGCCAAUGAAUUGGAAAGAAGGGAAAUCACAGAGCAAGACUACGAUCUUUUACUUCAGUUAGACAUCAGCUCAUCGACAAGACAACGUGGUGUUCCUGCUCAUAUACUACAUUCGUUACCAACGGAAAGUAUUUCAAACGAAAAUGACCGAUUACUAACCAAUGAAUUAGCAAAGUGUGGUAUUUGUCUAUGCAGCUAUCGUUCAACGCAGGUUGUACGCAAGCUUCCAUGUGGCCACGAGUUCCAUCGAGUAUGUAUCGAUUCCUGGCUAUCUAACGAUCAUAAUGUUUGUCCAAUUGAUGGGCUGACAAUUUACUCGGAGCAUGAAACGAGCAAUGUUUCAAGAAACAAUCGAACCUUUACGUCGAGUAAUGAGCGUGUAAGAAAUAUUCCAACUUUGCAAACCACGAAACUACAAAGAAAUUUAAAUGGCGAGAAUCAUACUUUGCCACAAGAUUUCUUUCUGAAUGGUUUGAGUUUAGAACAAAGAAAUACAAAAUCAAAAUUGCAUCCUCCAAUGGUACAGUCAACUACAACUGAAAAUACGUCGCCAGCUAAAUUUCAUCAAACAUCGUUCUCCAGUAGACACUUUGUGUUUGAUACUCAAUUACCUGGGCGAUCUGUGGUGGAUGUUGACAAAAUAGCGAGGUAUGGUCGUCACAGUGGAGACAGCAGGAUCAGAGCUAUAAAAAUAAAAAUCGAAAUAUAAACAUUAGAAGUACGUCUUUAACGGAUAUAAUACUUAGCGGGCAAAAAAUAACUGCCGAAAAACGACAAAAUAAAGUGGUAAAUGAUUCUAUUAUCACGAACUGUGACAGAGUUCCUUCGCAUGAUGGUCGGACUAUGCUUCGUUCUUCAAUUACGAACUUAAAACCAGAUGCUGACUAUUGUACAUAUACACGAGUCGAUUUCUAAAUUCAUACAGAAUCGUCAUUCAGAUCAUAUGAAAUAUUUCGUGAAGUUGAUAGUUUACCUUUAAUCUCAUCAAAAAAACUUAAGCUGUGAAAACCGUCACCAAGCAAGCAUAGACAGAUUGCGCACGACUCUUCACUAUUGAUAAACAAGAGUGACGCAGCUGAUGGCAAAAUAACGUAAUUAUAAAUACAAAAGAACUAUAAAGAUGUAUUACAGGUUGUUUAUUCACUUUCACUUGACGUUAAGUAUUAUUAGUCAGGUAGAUAAAUUCAUAUUUUUAACCUUAUCAAGUAAAGACUGUUUAUCGU